GUUAGGUAAGUGAGGAACAGUGUGAAGUCUGUCAGAAUCUCUGAAGCAGACUACAGGCGUUUCACACUAAUCUGCAGUAGUGCUCAACAGUGCAAAAACUGACUUGUUUUUAUAUCUCAAACACCAAGAACUUGGAUCAGAGUAGUGAUGACGACCUUUGAUGACCUCCUUGAAGAGGCUGGGACUUUUGGCCGAUGUCAGAAGCGAAUCUUCGCCCUGCUCUGUCUGUUGUCAUUGCCUUUUACCGGCGUGUAUGUCGGCAUUGUCUUCCAGGGUUUCACCCCGCAUCACUGGUGUCGGGACUCUGCGGUUGUGGAGAGGAGGCAGGCGUGCGGCUGGAGCCUGGCAGACAGUCGCAGGCUGACGGUGCCGGCGGUCAACAGCUCUGGAGUGCUGCAGCAGAGCAGCUGUGAGCAGUAUCAGGUGGACUGGAACACCACAGAGCUCACCUGUGACUCACAGGAACUAAACCUGACUGGGGUUCCAGUUACCACAUGCAAGGAUGGCUGGGAGUAUCAGUAUGAAGGCAGGAAGUCCUUCGUCACAGAGUUUAACCUGGUGUGUUCAGAUGCAUGGCUGGUGGACAUGUACCAGUCCACUCUCAAUGUGGGCUUCCUUGUUGGCAGCUUUGCUUUUGGUUACUUUGCUGACAGGUUUGGCAGGAGGAUCAGUUUCCUACUGUCCAACGUACUGAAUUUAAUCGCAGGGAUUGUGCUGGCUGUGGCUCCAAACUACAUCUCCAUCCUGGUUGUCAGGAGCCUGUUUGGCUUCGGAGUAAAAGGAGGGUGGAUGUCUGCAUAUGUGCUGCUCACAGAGAUCGUUGGAGUGGAGUACAGACGGAUGGUGGGAAUAUUGUACCAGAUGUUCUUCAGCAUCGGCAUCCUCAUCCUCCCUCUGCUCGCCUAUUUCAUCACUGACUGGCGUUGGCUGCAGGCCGUCAUGACUGCACCCUACCUCUUCUUCCUGUCCUACUACUGGUUCAUCCCAGAGUCUCCACGGUGGCUCAUCUCUCAGAAGAAUUCCUCAAAAGCUUUGGAGAUCACUGAAGCUAUGGCGAAGGAGAACAAGAAGAAACUCUCCAAGAACUUUGACACACUGGCUGAAGAUGAGGCUGACUCCCCCUCUGCCUCUCUGCUGGACCUGGUCAGAACUCCGAAUAUGAGAAAACACACUUUCAUCCUCAUGUUUAACUGGUUCACCAGUGCUGUGGUCUAUCAAGGCCUCAUCAUGCGGGUGGGAAUAGCAGGAGGAAACAUCUACAUCGACUUCCUCAUCUCUGGCCUGGUGGAGUUCCCUGCCGCUUUCCUCAUCCUCUUCACAAUUGAACGUGUUGGUCGGCGCCUCCCCUUCGCCACCGCCAACAUCGUAGCUGGAGCCUCCUGCUUGAUCACUGCCUUCAUCCCUGACAGUAUGCUCUGGUUUAAGACGUUGGUGGCCUGUAUCGGUCGGUUGGGUAUCACCAUGGCCUUCGAGAUGGUGGUGUUUGUUAACACCGAGCUCUACCCAACAUUUGUCAGGAACCUGGGAGUGUCAGUUUGUUCCUCACUGUGUGACGUUGGCGGCAUCGUGGCUCCCUUCCUGCUCUACAGACUGGCUGACAUCUGGCUGGAGCUGCCCCUCAUCAUCUUUGGAGUGGUUGCGUUCAUCGCUGGAGGUUUGGUGUUGCUGCUGCCUGAAACCAGAGGAGUUCCUCUCCCCGACACCAUUGAUGAUAUCGAGUUUCCUCAUAGGAAAAAGGAAGAUGUAGUGGAGAACUUACAAAUGAAGAAACUUUUAAAAUCAGACCUGACAAACAACAAGGAAACAACAACUGUGUGACUGUGUUUGUGUCAAUGCAUGUGUAUGUACUGUAGAUUUCCU